AUGCUCCGGCGUAUCGGCGAGAGCUCCUCGCGCGUCCUCCGAGCGUCCUCAGCCUCGACGCAAGCACAGGGGCGUGUGCAUGUCCGCCGCUAUGCAGCCACGCCCGUCACAGGCAUGCCAGGCCUCUCAUCGCCGCCGACGGCAGCGCCUUCCCCCUCCAGGCCUGCGGCCUCGACAUCGCCGCGGAGGAGACCCACCGUGCCGUCCCCCGCCGCCAAACGCAGUAUCGAAUCGUCGGACAUCAUGUCGAAACCAGACGACGCCCGGCGGUUAAACGCGGCGAUGGUGUUGGCAAUGUCACCUGCCGGAGGUGGCCAGCCGAACGCGGUUCAUCUCCUGGCAGCGGUCAAGCCCAUGAUCAUGGAGAAGAGGCACCACCGCCUGCUCGAAAGGUCGUUACAGUCUAUCAACUCGACCCUCGCGUCCUACUAUGCCCAAAACGCUGUCCCCGACGACGACCUCCCUGCUCUCCAGUCUCUCUUCGCCUUGGCGACCAUUGACUACCAGUCCCUCUUAGCUCAGCGCGAGACCCACAAGGAGAGCACCUCCAUGAUCACGGCACGAUACGCAAACUGGCUCGUUGCCGAGGCAAAGCGUGCUGAUCCAGGACGCCUCGCGCGCAUCCAGGAAACAUUUCAUGCCCAGGUGGAGACGAUGGGCGCGCGUCUGCUGCCGCUACCCUUCGCGGCUGCGUGGACUGUCAUGAUCCAUCGCCUGGACCUGGCCGAGAUUCCCGAGCUCAACGUCGACCUCCCAUCGCUCGACCACAUAGUCAACUACAUCUCAAAAAGGAAGUGGGUCGCCGACACAGACAUGGAGGGUAUUGCAGCCGCUGCCCACCGUUUGUGUGACGCCGGCGAUUUCGCCCGUCUACCAAGCAAGAGCAAGCUUCUGGAACGACGCCUCAACAUCCUGCGCGAGCGUGGGCGCGUGAGUGCUAUUCACGACAUGUGGAAGCGCUUCCGUGGCGAGCUUCACCGCGGUACACAUCCCCUGGUCACCAACGAGGAGCGUCGAAUUGGUGCGCUUGGCAGCUUUCUGUUCAUCUCGCGCCACAACACGAUCCAGCUUAACAGUACCGACUUUCAGUUGAUGCAGGAAGUCGAGGCCGAGGCGGGCAAGAUGCUUCCUAGCCCACUGCCCCUGACAAUCUUCCAUCGCCUGUUGGACACAGUCGCGGCCGAAGACGACACCAAGCCGCGCGACAAGCACGCCAUCCUACCUGCUGCCCAGAAGAUUUGGGAGGACGGCAAGAAGGACGGUAUCAAGUUCACUGCCCUCACGUACCGCAAGUACCUCGCUGUACUGGGCAGGUACCAUGACUCAAAGGCCCUCUUUGCGGUGUGGGAUGAGAUUGUCAUGGACAAGGAGUGUAGAUUGCACGAGGCGAUCCGGAGGAGUGAAGGCUUGAAGCCAGAGGCGGAACCAGUGGGUCCCGCGAAUCAAGGCACAGCGCAAGAGGCGGCGGACAAGACAAACAAGAAAAAGGUCGACCCGCUCUCCAUUCCGUGGCCACCGACCUUCAUCCUGAACGAGACCAUGUCUCUGGCGUUCAACAUGGGCGGGCCAUCAGCCGACAUGGCCAUGGCACUGUACCACACCGCAAUGGACCCCAAGUCCUCUCUGGCUGCCGAUAUUUUCACCGUCAACGUUGCCCUGCGCUUUGCCGCGCAUCUCGCCGACCUCAAGAUGAUGAACGCGAUUCUGGGUGACGCUGCCAAGCUUGGAGAAGAGCCCGACAUUGUCACCUACACGACAAUGGUGCAGGGCAUGCUUCGUGCCGACCGAAACGACCUCGCACGCAAGACGCUCGACGCUAUGCGUGGACGCGGGUUUGAGAUCAACGACCGCUUGGGGGCCACCAUCAUCUCCGACCUGGUCAAGGACGGCACGGCCGACAACCUGCGCCGCGCCGAGGACGUGGCGCGCGACAUGCGUACGCGCGGCGUGAAAAUGACCGUGCCAGCGUGGACGGCACUCAUCUCCGGCUACUUCCGUGGUGGAUGGGUGCUGGAUGGGUGGAGGGCCAUUGAGCGAAUGUACCAGUCUGGCCAAAGGCUCAACAUCGUGGGCUACAACAUUGUCCUGGGACACACGUUGACCGACUCGUGGCGUAAAGCGCAGGAUGGGGAUGUCCAGUUGUCACCUGCAAUCCGCAUCUUCCGCCGUAUGCUGCAAGAGAGCGUCACGCCGACGGCCGACACGUACUCGAUGAUGCUGGGCUCGCUCCUCACGCAAGGGCGUAUCCGGGAGGUUGCUGAAGUGCUGGCGGACGUGGACAAGCGCGGCUUCCGCACAUACCGGAGUAGCCUGCAGAACGUCAUUCGCAAAGCGAGGCAAGCUGUGCGUGACAGUGGUAUCCAGAUGCCUCGCAGCAGGACACGAUAG